GUUUCAUUGGAUACGAGCCCGAGAUUGACCCGGAACCCUAUCCUUCUUCUUGUCAUUCUCCAUGCCGUGGUCAAUAUGCCUCAGACUUUGCCGAGACUUUUCAGGGCCUUGGCCGGAUAUACGGGAGGGAGAGAAAUGGGAUCAUGGUGGGCAUUGAAGAGGUGAUGGAUUCUUGGGGUCCUAUGUCGUGGGUAUUUAAGUUCCCAGAUUGCCGUCUCAGAUGGCUCUCAGAACACUGUCGGCUGGAUUCUCUUCAACUGAGUUAGAAAGAUGAAGCUGUCUCUUGUCCUUUCGGCUGCAGCGCUGCAGUUGGCAGAUGCCGCUGUGGUGCAAAAGCGAACAGUUGAUGUUGCUGAUCUGGAACACUUCUGGUCCUACGGACGCUCGGAGCCUGUUUAUCCCACUCCCGAGACAAAGGGCUUGGGCGAUUGGGAAGAGGCGUUUGCUAAGGCCAAGUCCCUCAUAUCGCAGAUGACAGACGACGAGAAGAACAACAUUACUUACGGGUAUUCUUCUACAAUGAAUGGCUGUUCGGGGAUGGCUGGUGGUGUCCCACGUCUGAGCUAUCCCGGAAUGUGUCUCCAGGAUGCAGCAAGUGGCGUGCGAGGGACUGACAUGGUCAACGCUUACGCCUCAGGUCUCCAUAUUGGAGCUUCAUGGAACCGUGACCUCGCGUAUGAACAUGCUCAAUACAUGGGAGCGGAAUUCAAGCGCAAGGGGGCCAAUGUUGCUCUUGGUCCGGUCGUGGGACCACUAGGGCGCAUGGCCCGAGGUGGUCGCAAUUGGGAAGGCUACAGCAAUGACCCCUACCUUUCUGGAUCCCUCGUUCGGAAUACUGUCCGCGGUCUGCAGGAAUCCGUGAUCGCCUGCGUCAAACACUUCAUCGGAAAUGAGCAGGAGACGAACCGUAACACGCCGAGUUUACUGGACGGUAGCUAUAACCUGUCCAUCUCCUCCAACAUAGAUGACAAGACUAUCCAUGAGCUAUACAUGUGGCCCUUCCAGGACGCGGUCAAAGCUGGUGCGGGUGCCGUCAUGUGCAGCUAUAAUCGCAUCAACAACAGCUACGGCUGUCAAAACAGCAAGACCCUCAACGGGCUGCUCAAGGGUGAGAUGGGCUUCCAGGGAUUCGUUGUAUCUGACUGGAAUGCCCAACACACCGGUAUUGCCAGCGCAGCUGCCGGUCUCGAUAUGGUCAUGCCUGACUCGACCUACUGGGAGAAUGGUAACCUGUCUCUAGCCGUCAACAACGGGUCCUUGUCCUCCACCCGUCUAGAUGAUAUGGCUAUCCGCAUCGUCGCCGCCUGGUACAAAUACGCCGAGCUGGAAAACCCCGGACACGGCCUGCCUGUCAGCCUUCUUACUCCUCAUGAACUAGUUGACGCUCGUGACCCUGCCUCCAAAGCCACCAUCCUCCAAGGAGCAAUCGAGGGCCAUGUCCUCGUCAAGAACGUCAACAAUGUUCUGCCUUUGACAAAUCCUAAAUUCCUCUCCCUCUUCGGAUAUGACGCUAUCGCUGCAACUCGGAACACCAUGGACGACCUCUCAUGGAGUCUAUGGACCAUGGGGCUCGACAACACCCUGACCUAUCCCAAUGGCACGGCCAUUGAUCCGUCCCACCUGAAGUACAUGUUCCUUUCCAGUGCAAAUCCCUCCGAAAAUGGCCCGGGGGUAGCCCUGAACGGUACGAUGAUCUCCGGGGGUGGCUCCGGUACCAGCACUCCAUCCUACAUCGACGCCCCCUUCGACGCCUUCCAACGUCAAGCCUACGAUGACAACACCUUCCUCGCCUGGGACUUCGCCUCCCAAAACCCUACCGUGAACCCAGCCAGUGAAGUGUGCCUCGUCUUCAUCAACGAAGCCGCAGCUGAAGGCUGGGACCGCCCAUACGUGGCAGACCCCUACUCUGACACGCUAGUCGAGAAUGUCGCUUCCCAGUGCAACAACACUAUGGUAAUCAUCCACAACGCCGGCAUCCGUCUCGUCGACCGCUGGAUCGACCACCCCAACAUCACCGCCGUCAUCUACGCCCAUCUCCCUGGUCAAGACAGCGGCCGCGCCCUGGUGGGGAUAAUGUACGGCAAACAAUCCCCCUCCGGCCGUCUCCCCUACACCGUCGCUAAGAACGAAUCCGACUACGGCGCCCUCCUCAAUCCGGUCGUCCCAACUGGAUCUCAGGAUUUGUACUACCCCCAAGACAACUUCACAGAAGGCGUCUACAUAGACUACAAGGCCUUUGAGCAAAAGGAUAUCACUCCCCGCUAUGAAUUCGGCUAUGGCCUCACGUACUCCACGUUCUCUUACUUUGAUCUUCAAGUCUCAGUCCACACGAACGUGGACACCAGCUAUCUGCCCCCCAACACCACUAUCGACGAAGGUGGUCUCCCCUCCCUUUGGGAUGUAGUGGCUACAGUCACCUGCUCGGUUUCCAACACUGGUUCGGUGGCCGCGGCGGAGGUCGCUCAGCUCUACCUAGGAAUCCCCGGUGGUCCGGCGAAGGUCCUCCGGGGUUUUGAGAAACAGCUCAUUCAGCCGGGAAAUCACACCGAAGUCACAUUUGAUCUGAUGAGACGGGAUCUCAGUACCUGGGAUGUGACCAAGCAGAGUUGGGGGUUGCAGGCGGGAGAAUAUUCCGUUUAUGUGGGGAAGAGUGUACUUGAUGUUCAGUUGACGGGGACGUUGACAAUCUGAUCUGAUGAGCUUGAUUUGAUGAAUAGUUGUAUGAUAUUUCAUGGAAUGAUUUGCUUUGCCUUUGGGUAUAUAUACGGGGUAUCCUUGUAUUGGUAUCUCUCAUGGGUGUGCCUGGGAGACAUCUGAUGUUAUGCAAAAUCUGCACAUUGCAUCUGUUGAGCCAUCUACACGUGCAUGUCAUUCUCCUGGCAUCAGUACCUCAUAGUACAGAAAAGCCAUGUCUCGUUCAAUCUGUCGUCAGCACGAUUCGGUGUGAGGCCAUGGCCU